AUGGCCACCGCGCGCCAGCAGCCGCCAUGGCGGCAACCAACAGAGUAUCCCGAGGCCAAAUCUCGCUUACCGCCUCUGAAGAUUUGGAAUUCGUUGACGCGGUCGAAGAAUCCAUUCAUUCCUAUUGACCCUGAAGGAAAGAAGGUGACCUGGUAUGCUUGUGGGCCGACUGUCUAUGACGAUGCGCAUUUGGGCCAUGCCAGGAACUAUGUCAGCACAGAUAUCAUUCGGCGUAUAAUGCGCGACUACUUUCAUUUCGAUGUGAAGUUUAUCAUGAAUAUCACAGAUGUCGAUGACAAGAUCAUCCUCCGAGCGCGCCAGCAGCAUCUCUUCAAUGAGUUCGUCUUCGCGCACCCUACAAUCGGCGCCGAAGUCCUGGACAUUGCGCGAAACGCAUAUACUGCCUAUUUGAAGAAGAACCUCCCGUUACUGAACCCCGAACUACCCCCGGCGCAGUAUCAAGAGGAGGUGGAGAAGGUCUACGCGACUGUGUUGAAUGGAGGACCCUUGCCCGGCAAUGAGAAGGCGGGCGAUGACGAGGCAAAGGUCAAGAUGCACAUCAAGACGGUGGCAUCAGCUGCGAAGGUGAUCGCGCAGGCGGAAGGCCUCGACCAGGCUACAGCCCCUAAGGGCUUCGCCGAGUCCUUCUACACAAAUGCUCAGGACCUUCUCCUUCCAUAUCUGGAUUCGCUCAAGGCGUCCUCGAUCAAUGCGGACGAUCAUUCCAUUUUCACGAAGUUGACGAAAAAGUACGAGGAGCGGUUCAUGAAGGAUAUGCGCGAUCUCAACGUCCUUGACCCCGAUGAGUUGACUAGGGUCACCGAGUAUGGUGCUGAGAUUGCAGACUUUGUGGAGAAAAUUGUUGAGAACAAGUUCGGCUACGUUACGGAUGACGGUUCGGUGUACUUCGAUAUUACUGCUUUCGAGAAUGCCGGACACCCCUAUGCCCGGCUUGAGCCCUGGAGCCGGUCCGAUAACAAGCUGCUCGCGGAGGGAGAAGGCGCAUUGACCAAGAAGACAACAGAGAAGCGUUCAGCUUCUGACUUUGCACUUUGGAAGGCGUCGAAGCCUGGUGAGCCCAGCUGGACGAGCUCCUGGGGUCGGGGCAGGCCGGGCUGGCACAUUGAAUGCUCUGCGAUGGCUUCGGCUAAGCUUGGCAAGCAGAUGGAUAUCCACUCGGGAGGUGUUGAUCUAGCUUUCCCUCACCAUGACAACGAGUUGGCGCAGAGUGAGGCUUAUUGGUCCCAUGGCCACUCACACACUGAUCAGUGGGUGAACUAUUUCCUGCAUAUGGGUCAUCUGUCGAUUCAAGGGUCAAAGAUGUCGAAGUCGCUUAAGAACUUCACAACCAUCCGCGAGGCACUGGAGAGAAAGGAGUGGACACCGCGCAGUCUCAGAAUUGUCUUCUUGCUCGGGGGUUGGAGGGACGGCGUUGAAAUCACAGAGGAACUCGUCAGUGCUGGAAAUUCUUGGGAGGACAAAGUCAACAAUUUCUUCAUCAAGAUGAAGGAUCCUGCGACGCUAUCAGGCCAGACGUCGGGCUCCGACACCACUCUCCCUGCCGCUCUGGAGGCCGCGAAGAAGGCUACUUUCGAUCAUCUGUGCGACUCUUUCAAUACGCAGGGAGCGAUGUCGGCGAUUUCAGAGCUAAUCUCGAAGUACAACGGCGCCGACAAGUCUACACUCAACCCCAAGGAUGUCGAGGCUGUCGCGCGGUGGGUGACCUCGAUGGUUAAUAUCUUCGGUUUGAAUGGCAAGGCAACCGCCGACAGCACGGAAAUUGGCUGGACAGGUAUUGAUGUGCCUGAAGAAGCCAAGCCUUUCCUGUAUCCGCUGUCCAGCAUGCGUGACUCGCUCCGCCAGGCCGCGCGGGCUAAGGAGGGAGUUACCGCGGAGACUGUUGCGGAGAUUGUGAACAAGGGAGAAGUGCCAGAGCAGGACCUGACUGAAUCCGCAAAACCUUAUGCUGAACUUCUUUCGAACUUCCGCACUAAAGUGUCUUCUAUCCAGCAAUCCGAGUCGCUUGGCAAGGAGAUCCUGGCACUUUGCGAUCGCGUUCGCGACAUCGACCUGUUUGAUCUCGGCAUCUACCUUGAAGACCGAGACAACCUUCCCGCAUUGGUCCGUCCUGUUACCCGAGAGCUGAUCCAGGCGCGGGAGGAAAAGGCAGCGCGGGCGCGCCAGAAGCAGAUUGAAAAGGAGAACAAGGAGAAGGAAGCCCUCAAGAAACUGGAGAAGGGCAAACUGAGCCACCUGGAGCUGUUCCGGACCAACGAGUACAGCGCCUGGGAUGAAGAGGGUAUCCCUACUCGUGAUGCUGCAGGCGAGGAGAUUACGAAGAGCCGAGCGAAGAAGCUUCGCAAGGACUGGGAGAGACAGAAGAAGCUACAUGAGACUUGGCUGGCCAGUCAAAUGGGCGCCAAAUAG